AUGUCAUUUCAAAAGAAACACACCAAGACUCACUCUACGUAUGCUUUCGAGAGUAAUACGAACAGUGUAGCUGCUUCUCAGAUGAGAAAUGCCCUGAACAAGCUUGCAGACUCUGUAAAGGAUGAUGAAGAGCUGCGCAACAGGUUUGAGAACCAAUUGGACUCCUUUUUCAGUCUAUUUAGAAGGUACUUGGUCGAGAAAUCGUCAGGUAACACUUUGGAUUGGGAAAAGAUCAAGUCUCCUUCCGCUGAAGAAGUGAUUCCUUACAAAUCUUUGUCUGAACAUCAACCAGAGAGUGUUAGCAGCCUGUCUAAGUUGGCUGUGUUAAAGCUGAACGGUGGUUUAGGUACAUCUAUGGGCUGUGUUGGGCCCAAAUCUGUGAUCGAGGUUAGAGAAGGUAACACGUUCUUAGAUCUAUCUGUGAGACAGAUUGAGUAUUUGAACAGACAGUAUGAUAGUGAUGUUCCUUUGCUGUUGAUGAAUUCUUUCAACACAGACAAGGAUACCGAACAUUUGAUCAAAAAGUACUCUGCAAACAGAAUCAGAAUUAGAUCUUUCAACCAAUCGAGAUACCCUCGUGUUUUUAAGGACUCGCUAUUGCCAGUACCUACCCACUAUGACGAUCCAUUGGAUUCCUGGUAUCCACCUGGUCAUGGUGAUCUUUUCGAGUCAUUACAUGCUUCUGGUGAACUGGAUGCGUUGAUCGCACAAGGCAGAGAGAUCUUGUUUGUCUCCAACGGUGACAACUUGGGUGCUACUGUUGAUCUAAAGAUCCUGAACCACAUGAUUGACACUGGUGCUGAGUACAUCAUGGAAUUGACUGACAAGACUAGAGCUGAUGUGAAAGGUGGUACUUUGAUCUCAUAUGAUGGGCAAGUUCGUCUUUUGGAAGUGGCCCAGGUGCCAAAGGAACACAUUGAUGAAUUCAAGAACAUCAGAAAAUUCACAAAUUUCAACACAAACAACUUAUGGAUUAACUUGAAAGCUGUGAAGAGACUGGUGGAAUCCACUGCUUUGCAAAUGGAGAUCAUUCCAAAUGGUAAGACCAUAAAGAGAAAUGGCCAAGAGGUUAACGUUCUACAAUUGGAGACUGCCUGUGGUGCCGCCAUCAGACAUUUCGAGGGUGCUCACGGUGUGGUCGUCCCAAGAUCAAGGUUCUUGCCUGUCAAGACUUGCUCAGAUCUGCUAUUGGUUAAAUCCGAUCUAUUCUACUUGGAGCACGGUUCUCUAACCAUAGACCCCUCGAGAUUCGGUCCAAACCCACUCAUCAAAUUAGGUUCUGACUACAAGAAGGUCUCUGGUUUCAAUGCAAGGAUACCUCACAUUCCAAAGAUCGUGGAAUUGGACCAUUUGACCAUUACAGGUAAUGUUUACUUGGGCAAGAAUGUUACUUUGAAAGGUACCGUUAUCAUCGUUUGUUCCGACGGUCACAAGAUCGACAUCCCCAACGGGUCAGUUUUGGAGAACGUUGUCAUCACUGGUAACUUACAAAUCCUAGAACACUGA